CUCCCUCUUUGUUCAGCUGGAACCCCACUGAUAGAAAAGCGGCCAGUAGCAGACCGGCGCACGGAGCUGGAGUUUGAGGCGGUGUGGGCCAGUGAGACGCGGCAAAUCAGUCUGAAGAGCAGUUCAGGAUUUUCAUGUAGCAGGCGGUUUUCAUGCACCAGGCGUUCUUCUGGCUUUGAGGAAACAAGCUUCUUGAGAGAGUAAGAAGCAUAAGGGCUAUAGUGGGACACUGGACAGAGAAGUCCAGCCACGCCACAUCCGGGAACCGAACAGGGGAGUCCGACUUGGCAAUGCAAGGGACCGAGGAAAGAGUGGGAAGAAAACGGAGAACUCCGUGCACUAGGCCGAAAAGAAACUAAUAGUGCUCCUCAGCGAACUGAGCUGAAAAGAGUCCAGUCAGGUAACUUCUCCUUGAGGGCUGGACAGCGAGAUCCGAGUCCAGAUAGGCAGUUUAAGUAUCCAGAGAGGACUGGAAAGAGGGGAGACAGUAGAGAGACAAUCAGGCCGACUUUACGGGCUGGACAAAGAGCACAGAAAAGUCGGAGCGAGUGCCAGGUUUGGACUUGAUAGAAGAGUAGCCAGAAUUGACUGUUGAUUGGUUAGACGCAGGUUCAGUCUAGCCACUUUGUUUCCGGAACUGUGCAGAGGAUAAUGCAAGGAAUCGGAUGGAUAGGAGACUCAUGACUCCAGUGAGGCUGCUCCAUGAUAAACAGAAAGGAAACCAGUGAGACUUACUAAGGAGAUGAGUCGCUAGACAGCUUCACGUCAAAACCGGCCAAAAGAAGCUGGCCAUCCAGGUUGCCCAAAAGAUGUGCGUUGAAGAGUCUGGUUGGUAAAGUGGAAAGUCUGGACACAAUGGCCAGUUUCCUAGACUUCCUGUAAACUUGACAGUAGUUCAAGGACGUAAAGCAGGCUUCAUAUAAAACUAACUGGUUAAGAAGGAUUUGCCAGUAGGAAGUACCAAUUUGACCGGAUUGGCCACUGAAUCCAGACGAGUCCACUUGGGUGACAUCAUUGACCAAAUGACCAAAUAAAGAGGCCUUCAACCAAGCAUCAACAAGGCUGGACAGUGCAGUCCUGCUUUUAGCAUAGUUGAGUUUACAGUUAUUAAACACUGGGGACUAAGCAGUGCAGGGGGGUGGGGGGGUCUUGGAGACAGGAUAGAAAAGUGGUGCAGCCAGGUAAAAUCUUCUGCAAGGUGGUGUGGCAGACAGGGAAGUACUGACUGUUAGUAAAAGGUGGGAGAAGCUUUUUUUUUUUUUUUUUUUUUAUAUAUAAAGUGUGUUGGAGAAUACUUGGGAACAGGCUUAGAUUUCUUUUUGACGUCACCUUUUUGGAUCAACAAACAGUAAGUGUAGAGCAGCACGGAGACUCCACAGCAUCGUAGUGGCCAGGAUUAUUUGGAGCAGCAAGCCCCUUUGACACCCUGGUGCUCGGUUACGGUUAAAGGCAACUGUAGUCCUCACAGGAGCACAGCAGGCUGUAUGGGAUGGAACCAGGACCAUCAGGAGCCGCGCCUGUGGGGCCGUUGUUGCCUCCACUGCAGCAGGUAUUCCAGGCACCUCGUCGACCUGGAAUUGGCACAGUGGGGAAGCCCAUCAAGCUACUUGCCAACUACUUUGAAGUGGACAUCCCCAAGAUGGACGUGUACCAUUAUGAAGUGGACAUCAAGCCUGACAAAUGCCCUCGGCGGGUUAACAGGGAAGUGGUGGAGUACAUGGUGCAGCAUUUUAAGCCCCAGAUCUUUGGAGACAGGAAGCCGGUUUAUGAUGGAAAGAAGAAUAUCUACACAGUCACUGCACUGCCAAUCAGCAAUGAGCGGGUUGACUUUGAGGUAACAAUCCCAGGUGAAGGUAAAGAUCGAAUAUUUAAGGUUUCUAUCAAAUGGAUGGCUAUUGUAAGCUGGCGCAUGCUGCACGAUGCACUAGUCAGUGGCCGAAUUCAGGUUCCUCUGGAUUCUGUCCAGGCUUUGGAUGUUGCGAUGCGGCACCUGGCAUCUAUGAGGUAUACUCCAGUUGGGCGUUCCUUUUUCUCACCACCAGAGGGUUACUACCAUCCUCUAGGAGGAGGCCGUGAGGUUUGGUUUGGCUUCCACCAAUCUGUGAGGCCUGCAAUGUGGAACAUGAUGCUCAAUAUUGACGUCUCUGCCACAGCAUUUUAUAAGGCCCAACCAGUGAUUGAAUUCAUGUGUGAGGUUCUGGAUAUCCGAAACAUUGAUGAGCAGCCCAAGUCCCUGACAGACUCCCAGAGAGUACGCUUUACAAAGGAGAUUAAAGGGCUGAAGGUGGAGGUGACGCACUGUGGACAGAUGAAGCGGAAAUAUCGUGUGUGCAAUGUGACCAGACGUCCAGCCAGUCACCAGACAUUUCCACUACAGCUGGAGAGUGGGCAAACAGUUGAGUGCACAGUAGCUCAAUACUUCAAACAAAAGUACAAUCUGCAGCUAAAAUAUCCUCAUUUGCCCUGUCUGCAGGUGGGACAGGAGCAGAAACACACAUACCUGCCCCUGGAGGUCUGUAACAUUGUCGCCGGGCAGCGGUGUAUCAAGAAACUGACUGAUAAUCAGACAUCAACCAUGAUUAAGGCAACAGCUCGUUCAGCUCCUGACCGGCAAGAAGAGAUCAGCCGGCUGAUGAAGAAUGCCAGCUAUAACCUAGAUCCCUACAUUCAGGAGUUUGGAGUGAAAGUGAAGGAUGAUAUGGCAGAAGUGACGGGUAGAGUGCUUCCAGCACCAAUUCUUCAGUAUGGAGGAAGGAACAGGGCAAUUGCCACUCCGAAUCAGGGUGUUUGGGACAUGAGAGGAAAGCAGUUCUACAAUGGUAUUGAGAUCAAGGUAUGGGCUAUCGCCUGCUUUGCACCACAGAAACAAUGUCGGGAAGAGGUUCUCAAGAAUUUUACAGACCAACUUCGCAAGAUUUCAAAGGAUGCUGGCAUGCCUAUCCAGGGACAACCCUGCUUCUGUAAGUAUGCACAGGGUGCUGAUAGUGUGGAGCCCAUGUUCCGUCACCUGAAAAACACCUAUUCGGGACUGCAACUCAUCAUAGUCAUCUUGCCUGGCAAGACACCUGUGUAUGCGGAGGUCAAGCGGGUUGGAGACACUCUACUUGGGAUGGCCACUCAGUGUGUGCAGGUAAAGAAUGUGGUAAAGACUUCCCCACAGACCCUGUCCAACCUCUGCCUGAAAAUCAAUGUCAAACUGGGUGGAAUUAACAACAUCCUGGUCCCACACCAACGAUCUGCAGUAUUCCAGCAACCUGUCAUUUUUCUCGGAGCUGAUGUAACACACCCCCCAGCAGGUGAUGGGAAGAAGCCUUCCAUAACUGCGGUGGUGGGGAGCAUGGAUGCACAUCCAAGCCGGUACUGUGCCACAGUUCGUGUGCAGCGUCCAAGACAGGAAAUCAUUGAGGAUCUUUCCUAUAUGGUACGUGAGUUGCUGAUCCAGUUCUAUAAGUCCACUCGCUUCAAGCCCACUCGAAUUAUUUUCUAUCGUGAUGGGGUCCCAGAAGGACAGCUUCCACAGAUUCUCCAUUAUGAGCUUCUUGCCAUCAGAGAUGCUUGUAUCAAGUUGGAAAAGGACUACCAGCCUGGCAUCACAUAUAUUGUGGUGCAGAAGCGGCAUCAUACGCGACUGUUUUGUGCUGACAAGAAUGAGCGGAUUGGAAAAAGUGGCAAUAUUCCUGCAGGAACAACUGUGGAUACAAACAUUACUCACCCAUUUGAAUUUGACUUCUACCUGUGCAGUCACGCGGGGAUACAGGGUACAAGCCGUCCUUCCCAUUAUUAUGUCCUUUGGGAUGAUAACCGCUUCACAGCCGAUGAAUUGCAGAUUCUAACAUAUCAGCUAUGCCACACUUAUGUUCGUUGUACCCGUUCCGUAUCCAUCCCUGCACCUGCCUACUAUGCAAGACUUGUUGCAUUUCGAGCACGAUAUCACCUGGUGGACAAGGAGCAUGACAGUGGUGAAGGCAGUCAUAUCUCUGGACAGAGCAAUGGCCGUGACCCCCAGGCCUUGGCGAAAGCUGUACAGGUGCACCAAGACACUCUAAGGACCAUGUAUUUUGCCUGACCUCGGUUUGAAAAUUGCUGCCCCUCCCCCUCAAACUUACUGCCAACUUGUGCUUUUGGCAACCCACAGGUCUCCAGACAAUGCCAAUUUGUGAAGGAUUUGCACCAAGGUGUUCCUACCCUGGACACAAUUUUUACAAUUUUAAUAUUUUUAUAUUUACUUCUCGAGUCAUUUUUAUGCAAUAUUGAACAAAUGGAUGCCUGACUGCCAACAUAAGCUGCCUCGACAUUGUCUGAGCCUGAAUUCACUGCAUACCCAGCUGCUCAUUCCCAACCAAUUUGUGAAGGAGGCAGAGGGGCUUGUUUUACUGCAGCAAAGUGUGGCCCUUUUGUUCUGCUUCACCUAGAGGUGAAAGAUACAAGCACUUAGAUUAGAAAGAGUAAGCCUUCCCAGUCUGCACUGAGCUCCAGGAAGUGAAAGCAAUAGAUUAGAUAUACUAUAGAUGGAAGAGUGCCUGAAUCCAUGCUGCUACAGAAUGGUGUGCAACACCAGGAUACCCCACCUGGCACCUACAAAUCCUCGACUGAAGCGCUUUUCACAUUUGAUUGUUAUAAGAGGAUCUGGAAUCUACAUAAUGAUUGGCGCUGGGUGGUGUCCUUCUUGGGUUGCUAUUGGAUAUUUUACAAAGUGAUGCCAGAGAUUCUAUUCUUCAGUGCACGUGCUUCUACAAUGUAAUAACUGAGAAGCAUCAAUUUGUGGGCUCAGAGGUUUUUUUUUUUUGUGUCAUUGGAUUUAAAGUCUGCAGUGUUUUUGUUUACUCCAAAUCUAAUUUAUCCAGCUAGUUUCCUUUUGAUGAGGAAGUAAUAUUUUUCUCUGAUGUUGUGAGAGGACCGAAAUGUCAUGUUUACAUUUUUUAAUGCCACAGAGACAACGGGGGCAUUAAGUCACAAGGCUGAGUGUUGGCCUCCACUUGUGCAACUCGCAUCUAGUACAUUUUAUUAUCAUGUAUACAUGUAUCGUGUCUUGUUUCUGAGCCAUUGACAGUUUCUGUUAAGUCACAUCCCUGUGCUUCCUUGAUUAUGGAUGGUCCUUUGCUGUGCAUAGUUUAUUCAAGGCAUCCCCAAUGUAUGUAUACAAUUUGAGGGAGUCUUUGAGUCGACACCCAACUCUAACCCCUUCCACUUCCCUCUCGAGGGAGCGAAGGACCAUGCAGCCUGAUAAGUUUUCAAUGCAGCUAUUUAAAAGUGUACCUGCCUGAGCAUCUCCCCCUACCCCUGAUGACAUUCUGCACUUUUUUGUGUCGUUUUUGUUUUUAAAUAAAUGCAGACAGUUUUUGCUUGUCUGAAGCAGACCGGUCCAGCUGGCUGCCUCUUUGCACUGUUUUUAAACUGUUCUCAGAACACAUCCUUUAUUAAAUGGCACUUCUUCCCUUUCCCUUUUGAAGCCAGGCAUUUUGAUUACCUGUGCCUUUAUCCAGAGGGCACAGCCCCCUCCAAGUAAUUUUAUUGGAUAAAGAUGUGGACCUGACUAUGACUGAUUGUGUACCAAUUUUACUUUUGUAUAAUCGUUCAUUUGAACAAGUCUGUUAAUGGAGCACAGCACUGUACUGCACUUAUUCACGGCAAAAAUCUGUCUGACCUUCUGAAAUAGCAUGUCAGUAUUUUUGUAAGGAAUCCAUUUUUUUUUGUCCCAGUAUUCAUUAACUGUUUUUGUUGAGGAUGAAUGGAUUUAUUUUGUACAAUUCUCAGUCCUCGACCACCUACUGCUCAGGCUAGUCAGAAGCUCUGAAUGGCAUGGUCCUUGUUACAGACAUUAUGCUAAGCCACUGGAGAGAGCAAGAUGUGAAGAGCAGUUUGUGGAACACAUAAGAUGCAUUCAGAUAUGACCGGUGACUGGAUUCUGUACUUCACACUCAAAAUAUCCUCCAGAAUAUCCAAAGUCAUUUCAGGUGCUGGAGUAUCUAUUGAAGGUAUUGGAACAACUUGAGACUUCUGCAUUAAAUGAAAUUUUCCUUUUUUUUAACAUAUAUGAGAAUAACAAGUUGAAAAUGAACAUUAGCAUCAUAAGGUACUUGCAGAAACUUGACGUGAUAUUCUGAAUGUUAUUGCUUGUGUUGGAAUCAUGCAGGUCCUCCUAUUUACGGACUCUGCAGCAACCAUACACUACGUUGCACCAGCAUCUGGCCUUUCUCUUUACAUUCAACUACUAAAAUCCCUUGCAUGAUGUGUAAUAACCACGUGUAAUGCCAGUUCUGUUUAUAAAGUAUUCCACAGCAGUCCUCAGGACUGUGAUAAAUUAUAGAAAAUCAUGAUAAUCUGAAAUGUUGCCUAAUAGAAGUUUUUUCUUUAGCUAGAAAAUUCUCCAAUCAGAUUUAACUAGGGCUUUAUGCAAGUUAAGCUUUAUGAAUGAUUGAUUGAUGACCGGGUUAAACACCUGCCAAUGUGGUAAAUAGGCACAGUUGGAGCACCCCUGCACCACUCUAAAAGAUGGGUGGCAGCCUGGUAUUGUGUAACAGGGCUGUGUGGCAAUAUUUUAUUAUUAAGUGAGAUGAUUUAUUGGUAAAACAUAAAUACUGAUGCUUAUUCCAUACAGAGAAGGCUGGCAGUUUUACAUGAAUAUAAAAGUGCAACUUGAUCAUGUUUAUUAUGUUUUUGGUGGGAGACAUUACUGCUUGAUGAUGAACAUGUAAACGUGUACUGCUUUUUCUGUAUCGUGCUUGGGAUCUUUAUAAAUGUGUCACUCUGAGUUAUAGAAUUAUGUUAGGGGGACUUCCAAUUGUAUUUAUUUUUUUUUUAUAUUUUUACCUAUGAAGCAUCAAGUGUUUUACCUUCCAUUUCACUCCAAAUUCAACGAGCAAUACAGUUGACUGUACAAAGCCAAUGAAUUCUGUCUAGCACCAGGAAACGUAUUGAAAAGUAUGGACUUUCCGUAGAAAACUAGUUUUAAAGGUCAGAUUAUUUUUAAAAUAAAAUCUGUUUUUCUUACAAAA